UACUAUUCUGUAUUGCAUGAAGGAAUAAUGUAGGAUGCAACUUGCCAAAACAAUUGCUGGCGAGGGAGUUUAUCGAGUUUGGGAGUGUUUAGCUCAAAUUAGUCACUACCUCCAAGUUAUAACCCCAAUAGUUGCCCCUAAGUUAGUGAAAUCACUACAGGCUCAGCAUUAAGGCAAACCUCAAAUAACCUAAUGAGUGCCCCAAUUUCACCUAACCUAGCGUGUGGACUUAGGGUUUUUAUGGAAAUAGCCCUGGCCUACCUAUUUUGAGAGAUGAGUGGUGAUUGCAGGGUGAGUGUGGUGUGUGUUGAAGACCAGGAGAGUGGUAACACUAAAAUUACUGCUGCUACUACACCCACUGAUGGGACAACUUUUGCCACUGAUGCUACUAUUACUACUGGUACUACUUCUAUUACGGCUGGUGCUACCACUACCAGGUAUUGAUGCAGGUGGCAGUAGUGAUGCAACCAUAGCAUCUGUAUGUGUGUGUCUGGUGUGCGACAAACAUGUGAAGGAGGCAUCAGCAUCACACUUACAGCAGCUCCUCCAUGGCUCGGGUUCCUCCACAUCCCACCCACUGCAGCCCCCACUGGCCCCCCUGCUGGAGGAGGCCAUCAAGACACCCCUGCAGCAGCAUGAGAUAGAGUUACAUCGCCUCUGUCGCCGUUGCUUCCGCCUGUUGGAGGAGCUGGAUGGACUGAGGCAGAGGUCUGAGGUGAUCAAAAACUCCCUCUCAACCUGGUACAACAAGUCCCUGCUAAGACGUCUUAACCUACAAACUGCUGAAGAUGUCAUUCUAAAAUCUGUGGAACCUGAAAGUGGAAGCUUGGCAACAAACAACCAAACAGAGAAUGUUGCUGAACCAAGCAUCUGUCUUAAGGAGGAGGCAGUGUCAGAUGAAGAGGCAGAAAAUGUGUUCCAAUUUGAGGAAGAGGAAGAGGAAGAGUUGAGGCCUGAGGACCAGGGUAUCCGACCUGAUGACCCAGAGUUUAACCCAGCCUAUGAUAAUGCCUGGCUUGUGGGCCGUGGCAGUAGGGGGCGAGGCAGGGGCCGUGGCCGGGGAAGAGGAAGGGGUCGUGGAAGAGGUAGGGGAAGGGGAAGGGGAAGAGGCAGAGGUCCUGGAAGGCCACCAAAGAAUGCCAAAGAUGUUUUACCAGAGGCUGUGGCAGGAGAGUCACUUGGAGAGAAGUUGGGUGAACUGGUAACCAAGAUGUUAGAGGGAGAAGAGGAGGAAGAGGAAGAAAAUGAACAAGUUUUGCCCAGAAGAGAAGACAUACUGGAGAUCAAGAAGGAACAAGGAGAGAGAGAGGAUAAGGAUGACCAGGAGAAUAGUGAAGAAAGGCCAUCUAAAGCCCUGCAGGUGUCUCGGUCGAGGGGGCCUGGCAAGAGAGUGCCUGUCCUCUCUGAAAAGAUGCGCCUCAGUCUGGCUGAGAUCUCAAAGAGGAGCCGCACAGCUACUCCUGACAGCUCUGGUACUGCCAGGAGGGUCACAUCCCCUGAGGAGGAGGAGGAGGAGGAGGAGGAGGGCAAGCCACAGCCCAAGAGACAGUACCGUAAGCGUUCUCGCAUCAUCCACUUGUGUAAGUUCUGCAUGAAGGUGUGCCCAACAGGGGAACAACUUAAGGAACACCAGCGCUCACACCGUACCAUCGAGUGCCAGUUCUGUGGUAAAGUGCUAGCAAGGAUUGGUGCCUGGGAGAACCACCUACGUGACUUCCACAAUGUUGAGAUACAGGUGCCAGGGAGUGAGGAUGCCCUGGGCCGUCCUAGGGAAUAUGUGACUUGCAGAGAGUGUGGCAAACACUUUUCGUCUAAAUCAGCCCUGGCCUACCAUGCCAAGCUGCAUGCUGGCAACACCUAUGCAUGUGACCACUGUGGCAAAGUUUUCCAUCACCCCAGCAACUUGCGUACCCACCGGUUGCGCCAUGAGGCAAAGAGCCAUGCAUGCUCCAAGUGUGGCAAACGCUUCCACACUAACUUUGCUCUAUUGAUGCAUGACAAUCAGACUCAUCGCCUUGCCCGGUCCUGGCGGUGCAGCCUAUGCUCCAAGGCCUUCACCCGCUGUGCCGCCUUCAGAGAACAUGUACGCAUACACACUGGGGAGAAACCCUUUGAAUGUAGUGCAUGUGGUGUGCGUUUCAGAAAGAUCCACCACUUGAAAGCACAUGCUCGCCAACAUGGCCCCAGGGCAGGACGUGGUGGCCCUCUGCGUUGUCCCCUCUGCCCUGAUGCACUCUUCCUGCACCGCCUAUCUUAUGAGAGACACAGGAAAUACAAGCACCCAGAGAUGACCCGUGGGGUGCCUUUGCUAGCUUCACCCAGCCCUGACACGCCAGACACAGACUCAGGGUUGCAGCGACAGUAUGUGUUGGCAGAGGGACGGAGUGACACAACAGCUGGUGAGGGGUACCUUGUAGGAGUAGAGGGUAUACAAAUGGUACAAGUGGAUGAUGGAGGGAUGGGGCUGGGUGGACAGGGUGGCCAGUGCAUUAUUGUUCUCUCUGAGGCUGACACAGAUGCUAGAACAGGCGAGUCACCUUUACACCACAGCACCACUACCACCUCCACCAUUACUACAACCACUACUACCACCACCACAAUGGAGUUACUUCUGAAGCAGGAAGUGGAGGACGAGGAUGAAUACAGGGACAAGAUAGGUGGACACUUUCCAUCAAGUGAGUUAGUGUCCAUGCCUGAACACAUACAGCUAGAAGGAUCUAUUACCCCUAGCCACCUUCAACAACUGUCUGUGGCUGGACUUGAAAGUGGACAGUUCCAGGUGGAGCUAGAUGGAGAGACCUUUGAUGUCUAUACAGUGCCAUCAGAGUAAUGUCAAACCAUUGGUGCAGAUGAAUCUCAGUUUACAAAUGGGUUAUGGUUUUUGACUUACCAUAAAUUAAAGCCUGUAAAUCAGGAAUAACUAGAUUUUGAUAUUGGAUAUUUUUUUGUGUGAUUUUCACUUAUAAACUGUCAUUUCUAUUCACAAAUUAAAAUUCUGCAUUGAAAUCAGGACAAAAGGCAAAAUUAUUUCAAUUGGGAAAAAGGAAAUUUUUGUCUAAUAUUUUUGUAAAAUGAAAUUAGUCUGUAAUGCCUACCACCCUUCAUUGGGGUUAUUCCUGUGAUGUGUUCUUUCUCAUUUAAGCAACUGAUACUUAGAUGCCAUAUAUCCCUAAUGGAAUGGUUGUGGUAAGAUUGUACAGAAGAAUUAGGAAUUGUAGCAACAGAAAGCUCAGAUAAGAGGGACUUCCAUCAUGGUUUUAUUAGUAUCAAUCAGCAUUUAAUGACUGAUUGAGUGAAGAUUUUCUAGUGCAAAUCUUUCCUUCACAUAUUGUAUCACCCUGUUGUAAACAAAAGCAGCUGUGACAAAUCUUUCAGUUCUCUUUCAAAUGCAGUAUUCAUGAAACCAUAUGCACUUGUUCAGGAUAUGCUUUUGAAUAUUGUGAAAACAAAGAGAUUUUGAUUAUAAAACUUUCACCUUUUUAGGAAGAUGUACAUAAAUAGUUGUUAAUACAAAUAUUUUAUAAAAAACUCGAUUUAUAUGCUUUCAUACAAGUUUAUUAGCUAAUUCACUCAAACUGUAGCCUCUUAGUUUUUCACCUAAAAUUCAUCAUCCCAUCACUAUUCUUAUAUUCUUAUAUAUAUAAACAUUCCUUCCUCCCUCCUCCUCCUCCUCCUCCUCCUCCAUGCACAUAUUAUUUCAGUCUUCUGUGUAAAUAUUGACAUAUUGAUGUGAGAGGGAGGAAGGAAUAUAUAUAU